AUGGCUGCAGCAUCCUUUGUUGAUAUGGCAGUUUGGGGCCCAAUUAUUGAAGACAGCUGUGAAGCCACACACUCCUCUGGGUUCUCCGGAUCUUCUCCCUCAGUUGCAAGCACCUCCUCCAUCAAAUGUCUUCAAAUUCCUGAGAAACUGGAGCUCACUAGCGAGACUACAGACAGCCCUACUCAGUCACCCUGGUGUUCACAGUACCACAGACAACUGCUAAAAUCCCAACCAGAGCUGAGUACCUCUGCAGAGUUUUUCGUAGAAGAUAGACCAAUGCCUAAUUUGGAAAUAGAGAAGGAAAUUGAAUUAGACAAUGAGGAUUACUGCAUUAAACAAGAAUACCCGUUAUGCGAAGACCAUAAAUUAUUCUGGGUGACGCCACGAAACUCUGCAGAGUUAACCAUAAUAAAGGUAUCUUCUCAACCUGUCCCAUGGGACUUUUAUAUCAACUUCAAGUUAAAGGAACGUUUAAAUAAGGAGUGUGAUAAUUUGUGUCGCUGGUAUCAAUACCAAGAUGGCUGUAUCGUUUGGCACCAAUAUAUAAACUGCUUCACCCUUCAGGAUCUUCUUCAAUACAGUGACUUUAUGACCCAUGAAAUGACAGUGUUGAUUAUUUAUAACCUCUUGACAAUGGUGGAGAAACUACACAAAGCAGAAAUAGUCCAUGGUGACUUGAAUCCAAGGAGUCUGAUUCUUAGAAACAGAAUCCACGAUCCCUAUGAUUGUAAUAAGAACAAUCAAGCUCUGAAGAUAGUGGACUUUUCCUACAGUGUUGACCUUAGGGCACAGCUAGACGUUUUUAACCUCAGCGGCUUUCAGACUGUACAGAUCCUGGAAGGACAAAAGAUCCUGGCUAACUGUUCUUCUCCCUAUCUGUUUGGUAUAGCAGAUUUAGCACAUUUACUAUUGUUCAAGGAACACCUGCAGGUCUUCUGGGAUGGGUCCCUCUGGAAACUUAGCCAAAAUAUUUCUGAGCUAAAAGGUGGUGAACUGUGGAAUAAAUUCUUUGUGCGGAUUCUGAAUGCCAGGGAUGAGUCCACAGUGUCUGUUCUGCGGGAACUUGCGGCAGAAAUGAAUAGGGUGUUUGACACCACAUUCCAAAGUCACCUGAACAAAGCUUUAUGGAAGGUAGGGAAGUUAAUCAGUCCUGGGGCUUUCCUCUUCCAGCAAGAUAUGCAGUCAAGUUUCUCACAGAUUCCUGCCUAA